GUUUUACACGCAUGCGUUGCGUGACUUGAUAGCGAUUAAAAAUAAAUGUGCGUGUGUGCGUAAAUAAAUUGCUUGCGCGAUGAUUGGAAGUAAAUCCUGCGCGAUUAGCUACACAAGUUUCAAGUAAUAUAAUUCGCCCUAGAAAUAAAUAGGCGCCAAAUGUUGCGUGACCAUUAUCCAAGGACAACGUCAUCGAUAUUGCACGCUAUGCUCGCGUGUAUUGCUUGAAAAAUAUGCACAUUGGACGUCGUGAAUAAGUGGCUUUUAACAUAUAUGGAUAUUCAUCAAAAGUAUCUUGUGUAAAGAUGGACUUUCAAGAGGAACGCGUCACGUAUCUAGACAAGUAUAAUGAUCGAUCGAAUGCGAGAGAGAGUAAUUCGAUAAUUCGCGCUGAUCGCGCGAACAAUAGUCAGCAGUCUAACUACUUGACACGUGCCACACACUUAUCCAAGGUUGAAUGACAAGUGAUCGUGAAGGGAAGGUGAUCUCGUGUCAGGGUCCCGUCUCGAAAGAGAUAGCCGCUCUCAAUACCGCUAGUACGUUCUCGCGAAAACGAGAUUCGUUCAAGGACGUGUGUUCAUUGGACGCUUGGACUUAAUUCACAAAGGAGGCAAGGAUCAAUCGAGACGUAUCUUCAUUUCGUCGCGUCUUUUACGCUCUCGUGCGAGGAGAGAUCAUCAUACGUUACAUUAUCUGUCACGCGCGCGCGAUGUGCUCGUAGCGACAGUGACAGCUCCGCUAUAAGAACUUGCGACACUCUUUUGUGCGUCAGUGCGGCAAUUCUACGCCCACGCGCGAGUUAUUAGUUCAGCUAAAAAAAAUCUAAUCUAUUGCAUAUCGCCGUCUGUUGAACUCGAAUCCGAGCGUGUGCUUGUGAUUACGCUCGAUUGACAGUUUGUCAACGUCAACGUCGAAAUGUCUGGCAAUAUAAGAGAUGUCGAUCCGUUCUCUGAAUUGCCCAUGGAACAAGAUCCCUGCGAAGACGAUGACAAAGCAAUCAUAGAGGAAAGUCUAAAGGACAAUGUAGAAAUUGUAAAUGAAGUUGCUUAUGCAGAACCUUUGAUUGCUGAAGCAAUACGAUGGUUUUAUAAAGAUGGCGUUGACAAAAGAUGGAACGAAUUUGGCGGGUAUGACAGCUUAAGAAUCGAGAAAAUCUAUCAGGAACGUCAAAGUUUAAUUAGAGAAAAUAACUGCGAGAUAAACGGUUUACCACCUCCUGAGAAAAUUGUAGUUAGAGGAGGCAUGUACGAUGUCGAAAUUGACAAUAUGAAAUGUGUUUCCAUAUAUUGGCCAGGUGAAGAAUGGGAGAUUAUGAGGGGUACAUGGUAUUAUGAUGGAAGUUGGAUACCAUUAGAAACAGAACAUUCCAAAGUGAUAGAAGAAGUCCAUCUUAAAUUAUUCCAAAAGGAAAGGAAAAACAAUCAAAGUAUUUCAAAUUGUGAUAUAAAUGCUCCUCAAUCCUAUAAAGUAUUACAUACCGAACAGUUCCCUCAAUUUCAUGUCGAUUGGCAUUCAAUUAAUGAUGUGACACUGUAUAGUGAAUAUACACCUACUAAAUUGAUGCGCAGUGUUACGUCAAAAUUAGGCUUUGCAAAAACAACAGGCUAUCGAUUAAAAAGGGGUUAUAAAACGCUUGCAAAUAUAGAGGAUAAGCCACGUGAUAUUGAUCAUAUAGUAUUUGUUGUUCAUGGGAUAGGGCAAAAGCGUGAUACGGGAAAAAUAAUACGUAACACUACAUGUUUUAGGGAUUGUGUGGAUUGGCUUAAACAGAAAUAUUUUCCAAACUCCAAACACAGAGUAGAAUUUUUUGCAGUUGAAUGGCGGUCAUCGUUAAAAUUAGACGGAGAUAUAGUAGACGCAAUUACGCCCUAUAGCGUAUUAAGCAUACGUCACUUGCUAAAUACAUCAGCAAUGGAUAUUUUAUAUUAUACGAGUCCAUUAUAUGGUGCUGAAGUUCGAACCGGUUUGCAGAAGGAGUUAAAUAGAUUAUACUUUAUGUUUGCAAGCCGACAUCCUGGUUGGCAAGGAAAAGUUUCAAUUUUGGCACAUUCUUUAGGAUGUGUAAUUGUAUAUGACAUAGUUACAGGCUGGGUGGGACAUGACACGCGACUUCCAUCUCCGCAGGCACAAGAAGUUUUAUUGCAAGGAUUAGAAUUUCCUAUCGAAAAUUUAUUUUGUUUGGGUUCGCCGUUAUCUGUAUUUCUAGCGCUGCGUACACGUGCUCCAUCCAAUAGAUUAGACGUGAUGCCGCAAAGUUUAUGCAAGAGAUUUUACAAUAUAUUUCACUGGUCUGAUCCAGUGGCUUACCGGAUGGAACCACUUUUAGAAAGAGACUAUAGCAAAGUUGAACCAGUUCUUAUACCGCCAUAUGGUGGAAUCGAUGGACAGCACAUGCCACAAUCGCCUUCGUCAUUGAACAAUGUGGAUCCAACUUUAUCGCCUACAGAAGGUGACGAUAAAGAUGAUAGUCCAGUGGAUACACCUCGUAAUGCAGAGAAAGGCUGGAGUCUUUGGGAUUUAGUGCGAGGCGGAUGGGCUGUUAAGGAAGGCCCAUCUUCGCCAACACCAGAUUCAAAUCCACCGAUCCGUCCAGGUCAAGAAUUAACGCAACGACUGGAUUAUGUACUACGUGCAGUCGGCUUAGGAAGGAAUUAUUUAUACACGGUAACAGCCCAUACAGCGUAUUGGAAUAACUAUGACGUGGCCUAUUUUGUAUUAACAAGACUGUUCCCGACGUUGGAAACGUGAUGGCGGUUUAAACAUUUUAACGCAGAACUUCGUUUUCUGCUAAAAUGUUCUAGUCCACUAUAGGCCUACGUCGAAUAUGUGAUAUCGCAAAUAGGCCUACACCACCAAAACAAUCUGUGAUAACGGAAAAACGAUACAAUAAUGUAAAUUCUGUAGAAAUCAAUCGUUUUAUAAUGUUUGCAUAAUUUAAUGUAUAUAUCAAACUGUAUAUAUCAAGUUAUAGAAGACAAGAAAACUUUGUCUCUGCUCGUUUCGAAAGUAAUUUGUUUGUACCAAAUAUGACGCAAUUAAUAUUUAUAUAUAAAGUAAUAAAGACAAAGAGAGGAAAAGAGAAAGAGAGAUUUGGCAUAUUAUAGGAAUACAUGAAAGAAAUAAGUUUUCGCGAAUUACGUUACUUCCUGAUAUAAAUAUAGUUUAUGCACAGUAUUUAUUAAAAGUACGAUAUUUUACAAACUCUCUAUGUCUUGUUGCGAGAUACAAAACAAUUGUUUUUGGAUAGUUUAUGGGCAACUAAUAUAUUCUUAUUGCGCCUUUGUUAUUUAUAUAUCGCCGUAUAUAAAUAACAUAUUUUAAGAUUAGCGUCCGUAUUAAGUGCGUUAUUGGUCUUAAAGUAGAACGAAUUAAGCUAAACUGAUGCUCUUACGAAUUUUUCUUAUAUAUUUCAUAUAGAUUUAAAUCAUAUGAAUCGACUUAUGAGAACACUUACAUUCAGAAUUUAAUAAUAAUGCAGAAACAUAAAACACCACAACACUAAUUUAUA